CAGGAAAGAAACCCCACAAGCCAAAGCCCUGUUUUUUAAAGCCGUCCAACCACUCUUUAUAUACUCAUAUGAUCUUUCUCGUGAAACUCACACCCGAAACGUGUACCAAAGAAAAAGAAAAGCUUCUCGUUCUUCUCGUUCUUCGUCUUCUCCUUCUUUCUUGUUUUUAUUGCUCUCUCGGGGAAUUGCUCAAUUGUGCAAUUUGAAGAAGCCAUGAGGAGCACCAAAGCGGCCAGCAAGCAAAGCAAGAUCAAGCACGUGAUGACGGCGCCCUUGAGGAUCGUGAGCAAGGCCCGGAACUUCUACAUGAGAAGCAUGGAGGACUUGGCCGGCAGGGUCGGCCAGGGCGGUGGAGUCGGUGGCCCCGCCGCUCCGAUCACGACGCUGCCCAAGAGCUUCAGCGUGAACUCAUCCAAGGGGAGCAAUGACGACGAGGACUUCCGGGAGUUGGUGAGGGCCGUUUCGAAGAGGAGAGGCUUGGACAUGACGGGUUUCGAGUCGCAAACCGGGUACGGGUCCAAUAGCGGUAGCAAUAAUGUUUAUGGUGUGGACAGGAGCCAAAGCGUGGGGUUGGGGAAAAUUGGGAGGAUUGAUGAGAACAUGGCUUCUGACGAGUUUGAGGAAGAUAGGCUGAAGCUGAAGGCCGAUUUGGCGUUCCCAAGAAGCAGAAGCCAUGCUGUUGGCAGGAGAAAUGUCGGGUUCUAUUAAAUGCAAAAGGGCCAGAAACUUUGGUGGACAUAAGAUGUUGGAAUUGGUGAAGAUCAAAAUGUACAUAAUAAGAGUUUGUGGGAGCGUCUGUUUCGACUUUUGUACCUUCGUGGUUUGGAUCAAAUUUGCGAUUCUUUCAGUGCAGGUCUUCUCUUUGUUUUCAUGGUUGUCGUUGGAAAGGUGUCGCUGUUAAUGCUACUCGAUCAAUGGUGUUUUUGUUAAGGGUA